AUGGCAGAAGAAGACAUCUUCCACGCCUCGCUCAAUUUGGAAGAAGCAUACUACGCAGAAGGCUACAGAGAAGGUGCUACACUCGGUGCACAGCAAGGCCUGAUCGAAGGCCGCAUCUACGGUGCUCAAAUCGCCUAUGAGCGCUUCUUGCAAGUAGGCUUGCUCUAUGCCAAACUAGACAUCUGGCGUGCUUAUGCUACUCAUGGAGACUCAAAGCCAAAGCUAGACAAGGCUUUAGCUCGACUCGAAGCACUGCUAGAAGCAUUGCCGCGCACCAAUGAGGAAGCAGAACCCGGUGCAGACUAUGAGGCUGUUUUAGCAGGUGCCAUUGCGAAAGCCAAAGUCAUUGCUAGUCUCGUUGGUGAACGCAUGUCACUUGCUCAACAAGGCUUCCUGGUGGAUGACGCUCAAGCAUCAAGAGACCUUGAAGACGGCGCAGAAGGAGCAGCACUGCUUCGAGGUGGCAAGAGACUCGGUUGUGGAUCCGCUAAUUAG